AUGGCAGCCGCGAAGAAAGUCUGUAUCAUCGGCUCUGGAAACUGGGGCUCUGCCAUUGCCAAGAUAGUGGGUGCCAAUGCUGCUCAGAAUUCCAAAUUUGACAACACGGUAAAAAUGUGGGUGUUUGAGGAGAUGGUGAACGGGCGCAAACUGACUGAAAUAAUCAACACUGACCAUGAGAAUGUCAAGUACCUUCCUGGACACAAGUUACCAGCAAAUGUGCUGGCAGUUCCAGACUUGGUGGAAGCAUCCUGUGAUGCAGACAUUCUGGUGUUUGUCAUUCCGCACCAAUUUAUUGGGAAAGCCUGUGAUUCCAUGAAGGGCAAGAUAAAGACUGAUGCACUGGGCAUUUCUCUAAUCAAGGGUGUUGACGAGGGGCCCGAUGGACUAAAACUUAUCUCUGAUGUGAUCCAAGAGAAGCUUGGAAUUGCAAUGAGUGUUCUGAUGGGGGCCAACAUUGCCAAUGAAGUAGCAGAUGAAAAGUUUUGUGAAACUACCAUCGGGUGCAAAAAUGAAAACCAUGGGGCUCUCUUAAAGGAGCUCAUGCAGACCAGCAACUUCCGCGUGACUGUCGUGCAGGAGCAUGAUGUGGUGGAAAUCUGUGGAGCUUUGAAGAACAUUGUUGCAGUGGGAGCGGGUUUUUGUGACGGUCUGGGUUUUGGUGACAACACAAAAGCCGCAGUGAUCCGGUUAGGUCUGAUGGAAAUGAUUGCGUUUGCCCGCAUUUUCUGCACGGCCGGGCCUGUGUCCUCUGCGACCUUUCUUGAAAGCUGCGGUGUUGCCGAUCUCAUCACAACCUGCUACGGUGGCCGCAAUCGCAAAGUAGCCGAAGCCUUUGCCAAGACAGGGAAGUCCAUCGAGGAGCUGGAGAACGAGAUGCUGAAUGGCCAGAAACUCCAAGGACCAGCAACUGCAGCUGAGGUCUAUCUCAUCCUCAAACACAAAAACCUGGUUGACAAGUUCCCACUGUUCAACGCCGUCUAUCAGAUCUGCUACCAAGGCCAUCCAGUCACAGAGUUUAUCAGCUGCUUGCAAAACCAUCCAGAGCACAUGUAA